GACCCCCAAGGGGGUCCCGACCCCCAGGUUGAGAACCACUGCUAUAGACUCAGAGCACUCCACCAGUACGCAGCUUAUCAGCAUGUAGAUCACUCAUAUAUGUGCACAUAACUACCCAUAUAUGUGCACAUAGCUAUACUCUCAGCUGAUCUGUUGAUUGGGUUUCUAGACCCUUCCAUCUGCUGGGUAUCUUACUUAUAGCCAUUUGGGUUGCACUAAACACUGCCUACACUGGCCCAUUCAUUAUAGGCCGGUAGGUUUUGCCAAUUACAUGUGCAUUAGGCAGCGCCACCACCCCAACACAUUUACAAAAAUUAAAGUACCAACGCAGCGGGCAAAAAAAGAGCAUUAUUAAAGAAAAAAAAAAAAAAAACAUAAAAAGCAGAAAGGACGAACGUAAAAGUAGAAUUGUCAGGGCGGCAAGCAUGUCAUUCCUUAGUAUGGUGCCACUGUGCGAAAGCCGUAUUUGGCACAGGAAUGUGAUGCUUUUGCCAGACAGGUUAAAGUCUGGAGAACAAAGCCACAUGACCGAUGUUACUGUAUAACCCGCUGCACUUUUACACGAUCGCUCAUUCAUUUUUAUUUUUUUAUUAUAGAUAAAGUUAUUUUGCAUGUCCUUUUAUUAAGUGUUGACACUGCAAGGGUUUCCACAAUUACUAUAAAGAGUGCUAUUUAUACAACACUAACAUCACACCUUUCACACCUAUUGUAUCUUACUCCUUGCACAGUACUCAGCAGUUCUGGUCCCCCUAGAGUGCCAUGUUCAGCAAUGACACAUUAGUUGCACCAUCGGCCCUACUGGCCUGUGAGCCUUGCACCCUUGUACACUCUCCACCCACAAUACCCCCCCCCCCCUAUAUCUCACACCCUGCACUAUCACCCGGCAUCACACUCCAUCCCGGCUCAUCUAAGCUCACACUCAUGUCUUCUGAGAAUGCAGCUCACCCUCUGGCUUAUAUUAAACAUUUCAUGUCCGGAGGGGUUGGGGGAGUGUGUCUCACACUAGCUGGACAGCCUCUGGACACCAUCAAGGUGAAUCUACAGAUUCAAGGCCGACCUGAAUUAGGUGUAGCCCCUCGUUAUACCAACACUGCAGACUGUUUCCGAAAGAUUGUCACCCAGCAGGGGUUAUGGGGUCUCUACAGAGGAAUGGGGGCCCCCCUGGCUGGUGUGACCCCUAUAAUGGCAGUCACAUUUUUUGGAUUUAGUUUGGGAAAGAAGCUGCAGCAGAACCAUCCAAAUGAGCCACUCAGACCCAGGCAGGUAUUUGCAGCAGGAAUGUUGGCGGGACUGUUCGGUGCCGUUAUUGUCAUUCCUGCUGAGCGGAUUAAAUGCUUGCUACAGGCUCAGGCAAACAGCUCAGUGAAAAGGUUUGCAGGACCUAUAGAUUGUGCCCAACAACUGUACCGGGAGCAAGGGAUCCAGAGUUUGUACAGAGGCACCGUCCUCACGCUACUAAGAGAUAUCCCCGCCACUGGAAUGUACUUCAUGAGCUAUGAGUGGAUGAAACAGAUGCUUACACCAGAAGGUCAAAGCAUCAACAAUCUCAGCGCAGUGCGUAUUUUGCUCGCAGGAGGCGUGGCUGGCAUGUGUAACUGGGUAGUGGCCAUUCCAAUGGACGUUCUAAAGUCUCGAUUUCAAACAGCUCAUGCUGACCAAUACAGAGGCGUCCAGGAUGUUUUAAGAGACGUUCUGAGAAAUGAGGGGCCCAGGGGGCUGUACAAGGGCUUUACAGCAGCCAUGUUGCGAGCAUUUCCAGCCAAUGCGGCCUGUUUCCUGGGAUUUGAGGUUUCCAUGACAUUCCUAAACUGGCUGAUCCCAGACGGCUCUUGAGGACCCCGGAGAGACUGUGGCUCCUUAUAUCUAAAACUGUAAAAUGUGAUCCUCAAACAUGGAGCUCAUUCAACCAAGAGAUGUCUACGAGGAAGUCAGCGCCCAAAAAAAAAUGCAACGCUUAGAGGAUCCUAUUUAUAAGUCUAUAUGCAGCAGGGCUUGUGACUGUAAGUGGAAAAUCUUGGCAAUAUCAAGGGAUAUCCUAGAAGAGGCAAACCCUGAAAAAACUGACAACAUUCCUCAGACUGUUCAAUGUUACAAUUAACACUGAUAUAGAUGACUUUAUUAUCGAACAUGGCUCGAACUAGACUGAACUGUGGCUGCAGGUAUCAAUGUGUCAUUCUUCUGGUAUUUCAAAGUAUUAAUGUUUCAUUGUUUAGGGGCUCCAAGUGUUAUUGUGCGAUUGUCAUGGAACCUCAAAAUGUUAGUGUAUCAUUGUCCUCGGACCUCAGGGUGUUAGCAUGUUGUUGUUCUGGCA